AUGCGAUUGCUCAACUACUUGCCGUGGCUGCUGCCGGCGGCGCUCGCGAACCCUCUUAACGUCCGGUCCACCGCCUGCAACAACUCGCCCGACCUCUGCGACAAGUCGUACGGCGAAAUCACCCAUUUGGGUGCCCACGACAGUCCCUUCGUGCGCACGUCGGAUAGCACAUUGGCUGGUGAUCAGUACUACGACACCCCUACCCAGCUGAGCGCUGGUGUCCGCCUCGUUACAGCCCAGGUACACAAGGAUAACAACGAAUGGCACCUGUGCCAUUCAUACUGCUCCCUGCUGGAUGCAGGGUUGUUGAGCGACUGGCUGGCCACGAUCAAGUCAUGGCUCGAUGAGCAUCCCAAUGAAGUUGUCACCGUCCUCCUCGUCAACUCGGACAGCGCCUCGGCCGCCGAGCUCGGCGCCGAAUUCACGACGGCCAACAUCACCUCGUAUGCCUACGAGCCCUCCUCGCUCACGUCCGCGCCCUCCUCCUGGCCCACCCUCCAAACGAUGAUCGACUCCGGCAAGCGGCUCGUCGUCUUCGCGACUCCGCUCACCACCAGCACGGACUAUCCCUACCUCAUGUCCGAAUUCGACUUCAUCUGGGAGAACAACUACGAUGUGACCUCGCCGUCCAACUUCACCUGCGAGCCGGACCGGCCAAGCUCCCUCUCCGGCUCCAUCUCCACCGCGCUAUCCUCCAACCGCCUCCCCUUCAUGAACCACUUCCUCUACUCGACCGACCUGGCGCUGCUGGAUAUCGAGUACCCCAACGCCAGCUACGUGUCGACCACGAACGCGCCCUCUGGCGGCACCGGCAACCUCGGCAGCACUGCGACGAAGUGCAAGACGGCGUACGGCGGCCGCCAGCCGACUUUCGUCCUGGUGGACUUCUUUAACAAGGGGCCUGCGCUGGACACGGUCGAUAGCCUGAACAAUGUCACUAACGCGGUGGGGCGGACGUCCGUGUCAUCGUCGUCAUCGUCAUCGUCAUCGUCGUCAAGCGACGGGUCCACGGUCAAUAACGUGUUUAAGGGGCUGGUUGAGCUGGCUAGCUCGGCGAAAUCCGGCGCUAGCACGAGUAUGGGCGAUUGGGUCUGGGCUGGUGGGAAUUGGGAUAGCAUCCUCGGCGGGGGGAUCUCCCUCUAG